AUGAGUGGGCUCUUGAGCGCCAGGAACUGCCCAGGCCAAGGAGAGGUCUCUGGCUUUAGGUCUCCUUUGGACAUCGGAUUCAGGAAACCUCUCACGGAGGCUCAGUUCCAGCAACUCUUCGGGGAUGCGAAGGAGGAACGGGAGCUGCCUGAGGAGCCCUACUUGUUGGGGCCGCUCAGGCGGUGGAGGCGGUGGGUUCCAGCCUGCUCAGGGUCGGGGGCGUGGCGCCUGCUCCAGGAGCGGUUACCCCCGCUGUACUGGCUGCCCCGCUAUCGCUGGCGGGCCUGGCUGCUUGGGGAUGCCAUGGCUGGAGUGACCGUGGGUAUCGUGCACGUGCCUCAGGGCAUGGCUUUUGCUCUUCUGUCUUCUGUGCCCCCUGUGUUUGGACUCUACACUUCUUUCUUUCCAGUCCUCAUCUACACUUUGCUGGGUACCGGGAGACACCUGUCAACAGGAACGUUUGCUGUACUCAGUCUCAUGACAGGCUCGGCAGUGGAGCAACUAGUGCCCGACUCCCCUGGGGGGAAUCUGAGCGCAAUGGAGAGAGAGCAGCUGGACGCGCAGAGAGUUGGGGCGGCCGCAGCUUUGGCCUUUGGGAGUGGGGUGCUGAUGGUGGGGAUGUUCGCGCUGCAGCUCGGCGUCCUGUCCACCUUCUUGUCCGAGCCUGUGGUCAAAGCGCUGACCAGCGGGGCCGCGCUGCACGUACUCGUGUCCCAGCUGCCAAGCCUUUUGGGAUUGUCCCUCCCACGCCAGAUCGGCUGCUUCACUCUCUUCAAGACGCUGGCCGUCGUGCUGACGGCGCUGCCGCGGAGCAGCCCCGCGGAACUGACCAUUUCGGCCCUCAGUCUGGCGCUGCUAGUGCCCGUAAAGGAAUUGAACGUGAGAUUCCGAGACAGGCUGCCCACCCCGAUCCCAGGGGAAGUCGUCAUGGUGCUCCUCGCCUCAGUGCUUUGCUUCACUUCUUCCCUGGAUACAAAAUACAAUGUCCAGAUAGUGGGGGUGCUGCCUGGAGGAUUCCCUCAGCCCAUCUUCCCCAGUCUGACUGAACUGCCCAGGAUCCUUGCUGAUUCACUGCCCAUUGCAUUGGUGACUUUUGCUGUGUCCACCUCCCUGGCCUCCAUCUAUGCAGACAAGUAUAGCUACACUAUUGACUCUAACCAGGAGCUCUUGGCGCACGGUGUCUCCAACCUUGUCUCCUCCCUCUUCUCUUGCUUUCCCAACUCAGCCACGUUGGCAACAACCAGCCUACUAGUGGAUGCUGGUGGGAAUACACAGCUGGCAGGCCUUUUCUCCUGUGUGGUUGUCUUGUCAGUCCUGCUGUGGCUAGGACCCUUUUUCUACUACCUGCCCAAGGCUGUCCUGGCAUGCAUCAACAUCUCCAGCAUGCGCCAGAUGUUCUUCCAGAUGCGGGAGCUUCCGCAACUAUGGCGCACCAGCCGCAUGGACUUUGCUGUAUGGAUGGUCACCUGGGUGUCUGUAGUGGUCCUGAGCGUGGACCUGGGCCUGGCUGUGGGCGUGGUUUUCUCUAUGAUGACUGUGGUCUGCCGCACCCAGAGGGUGCAGUGCCUGGCUCUUGGACUAGCUGAAGGAACGGAGCUCUACAGGCCACUUAGAGAAAGCCACAAGUUCCUCCAGGUCCCAGGGCUCUGCAUCCUGAGCUUCCCAACACCUCUCUACUUUGGGACCCGUGGGCAGUUCCAUCGCAUACUAGAGCAGCAUCUGGGACUUGGAGAGAGGGGCGAGGUGACUCCAAAGCCAGAUGGCCUCGCUCAUGCAGUUGCUGAGCCUGUCAGAGUGGUGGUUCUUGAUUGCAGUGGGAUUACCUUUGCAGAUGCUGCUGGGGCUAGAGAAGUGGUGCAGCUGGCCAGCCGAUGCCGAGAUGCUGGGAUCCACCUUCUCCUGGCUCAGUGUAAUGCCUCGGUGUUGGCGACACUGAGCGGGGCAGGACUCCUGGACACAGUGACCCCUGAACAGCUGUUUGUGAGUGUUCAAGAUGCAGCUGCUCAUGCCUUGGAGAGACUGGAGCUCAGUGGUCCAAAGACUUGCACAGUGUGGGUCUGA